UUACCCUGAUUGUGAGUGAGGGCAGCUUUAGCAGGAGAGGGUUCUCCAAAGCUCACCUCUUCUUGGUCUCCACGUCCUCGCGCUGGGGUGGCAGCCACCGCACCGCUGCACCCCGCACUGCCUCUGGUCCAGUCGGGAACAGAGUCCCCGCCCCGUGCAGUGCACCGCAGCGCCCAGCGCCGUCGCCCAGCCUUGGGAAGCCGGAGGAGGAGGAGGCGGCGCCAGCAACGCGGACACACCUCGGAGCCGCGCGCCCACAGGGUGGAGAUGUCUGCCAGAGGUUAAUUUCUAACAGAACAUCUCAGCAGUCUGCAUCUAAUUCUGACUACACCUGGAAUAUGAGUACUACGAGAUUGGACCUGUUUCCUUUGAAGGACUGAAGGCUCAUAAAUAUUCCAUUGUGAUUGGAUUUUGGGUUGGUCUUGCAGUCUUCGUGAUUUUCAUGUUUUUUUGUGCUGACUUUGCUGACGAAGACAGGAGCCCCACACCAAGACAACACAGAGUCUUUGGAGAAGAGAUUCAGAAUGAACAGCUUUGUGUCAGACUUCGGAAGACCUCUGGAACCAGAUAAAGUGUUUUCUCGACAGGGCAACGAGGAAUCCAGGUCUCUCUUUCACUGCUACAUCAAUGAAGUGGAACACUUGGAAAAGGCCAAAGCUGGUCCCCAGACCACAGCCCUGGACAGCGACGUUCGGUUCCAGGAAGGCAUCAGAAGCAGCGGGCCGCCCGAGGAGGAGCUGAACAGGCUCAUGAAAUUUGACAUCCCCAACUUUGUGAACACAGACCAGAACUCCUCCUUUGGGGAUGAUGAUCUUUUGAUUUCAGAACCGCCUAUUGUUCUAGAAAAUAAGCCAGUUUCCCAGACCUCACACAAGGACCUGGACUGAAAUAUAUGCUCCAUAGUGUCUUCCUGAAGAUGUUGGGGUAUGUUUGUGUAGCAAGAAACCUUCAUUUACCAAAAUUGCGUGCGUGCGUGCGUGCGUGUGAGUGAGACAGAGAAACAGAGAGAGACAGGAAGACAAAGAGAGAAGAAAGCUCCCUCUGCAAAGAUCUGAUUAAACUGAGUUUUUAUGCCUUUAAACACAUUCUAGGCUUUUGGAGGAAUAAAGUGUUUGUAACGUCUCAUCUUCCUUGGUGAGAAAUUUGGCCACAUACUCAGUGUCAUCGUUCCUGAAUGGGGGUUAUCGUUCUGUGUCCCAUCCUGGCCCUCCCUCCACCAUGCUUUACCGUCAGAAGUCAAUUCACUUGACUUCUGUGGGCUCCCACAUUGUUUCCUGUAAGACGAGGAGCCUGGAGCAGUUGAUCCAUCUGGCUCUAAUAUUUUGUGAAUUAAUAACAUUGCAUCCAGACAAGGUUGGAGUAGACACAAAGCUGUAUAAACUAGGGCACUGGCUCCUAUUUCUUACUGUAGGACCCCUAAAUAUCUAUACUUUCCACUCAACCCUUCACUGACUCAGCAUUCACCAGGGGCCCAAGUGUCUACCAGGAUGUCAGGACCCUCUUCUCACACAUCACUGUGAGCAGUGUUUCUGUUGGUUGUGCUCAAACAGCUCUUCUGAGAACCUCUGGCCACCCAUGUGCAAACCUGGGGAGACUCCUGCCCACCCCCCACCAUCCUAGAGUGAGUAUCAGUCUGUGCUAUAUCUCAUGGUACUCCUGCCCCCUAGAAACGGAAGGGUGGUUAUCAGCUAAGUCAGGGAGGUGACUUGUGUGUCUGUCUAUCUGUGUCUGGUCACACUUGUGCUAUUGGCCACCGACCAAGUAAAGUGCUACUUGCAGUGCUGUCUACUUACUUGGCAGGUGUGUAGGUGACAGUCACCUAGCUAGUAUGUGGCUUUGAGCUGAGAUGGUGAAUGUGUUGUAAAUAGGCCACCAACAGUUGUUCGUGUUGGCCUGGUACAACAGAGUAAAGCCUGCACACUGGCAUCAGAAAUAAUUUGGUUUUACGCACUCAGGUUGCACGCAUGGCCUGCUGCUAAUCUCUGGGUGGCAUUUUUAUUAUGAUUUUGUUCACCACCUGUCUUGCUUAUGCUAAAAAUAAAUAUAUUUGAUUGCA